AUGGAAGCAUUAAAUUCUAAGUAUGAUGAUAUAUUAAGGCGUGGAAGAAUGCUGACGAUUCCACUUAUUAGAUGGGAUGAUCAUGUAUUAAAUAAUGUUAUAAAACAAGAAGAUAUUGACGAAAAUGGCCAUAAUUAUGAUGAUAGCAUAUUAAAAAUAGGGAAUCAAAAUAUUAUAAUGGAGGAAUUUAGUAUGGAAACAUCAAAACCAUCAAUGUUGUUGUUUCCACAAGUUUUUAAAAGAGAAAAUAUUGACGAAAAUGGCCAUAAUAAUGAUGAUAGCAAAUCACAAAUAGGGUAA